CACUGACGUUGACCAAACAACCUACUCGCCGAUUGUCAUUGUGUGAGCUGAAGGUUCACCGACUAUUUCUCUCACGUUCUCACGAAGUGCAGCUCCGUUAAUAAAGCAGAAAGGAAAAGAGGCUUCCGUUAGCACGUAGCCCAGCGACCUCGUCCGCGAGGAUGUUGCAGUGACGGCACAGCAUCCUUCCAGCAAGUGAGCCGGCAUCGUCAGCUGUUGCGCCAAUUCAGUGAGCGGACAUGUCGAGCGGAAAAGCAGCGUUGACAAAUUUUGUCACGGAUCUUUAGAAGAUAACCUUUAUCCACGAGUCAGUCGGAGAGCGGAUGCAACUAGAAACUGCCAACAACCCUCUGAGUAUUUUCCGCCCUUUGUCGGUACCGGAGGAUCUGUGCCAAUGGAGAAAGCGACUCCACCGCCCCAGCCUCAGGUGCAGCUGUCAAUAGCCAAGACCGACACACCGGCGGACGACAUCUCCGGCUUGUCCGACGAGGACCUGCUUAACUGGACAAAGGAGGACCUGGUGAGGCGGCUGAGACGCUCCGAGGCCGACAAGAUGAGCGUGAUUCUGGACCAUGGAAAUCUCAUCCGAGAGGUCAACCGCAGCUUACAGUUGCACUUGAACGAGAUCAGGGGGCUGAAGGACAUCAAUCAGAAGCUGCAGGAAGACAACCGUGAGCUGCGAGACUUAUGCUGUUUCCUGGACGAUGACCGCCAAAAAGGAAAGCGUGUUUCCAGGGAGUGGCAGCGUCUGGGCCGUUACAGCUCAAGCAUUAUGCGCAAAGAGGUGACCCUCUAUCUCCAAAAACUCAAGGAAUUAGAGCUUCGACAGGAGGAGGUCAUCCGUGAGAACCUGGAACUGAAAGAGCUCUGUCUCCUCCUGGAUGAGGACAAAGGAAUAAUAGGUGGAGGUGGAGGAGCUGGCGGGAGUGUUGGAAUGGGCGUGGGGUCCCGAAACUCCAUAGACAGUCAGAACAGUUUGCUGUUGGUUCCUGGGCAGGGGCUCCUAAUGAGGGAUGUUGGGGAUGGGAGCAGCACAUCUAGUGCAGGGAGUGCUGACAGCUCAGAUCACCAUCAGCAUAAGCAAACACACCUGACUGUCGGAGUGGGGGGAAAUGGCAGGGAAAAAGGCAGUCCAGAGCUGGCGCAUAAACCUAGAUGUAGCAGCAUCAGUGCCAUAGGAGGAGGAAUGGCAGACAGGGAGGUGUCAAGCCCCGAACACCCGGCCGGGCGCAACCGGAGUACAAGUUUGGAGUACCCAUACACUUUGCCCCAACUCUGUCGACCACGUUGCGGUUCCAUAUCAGUGCCUGACCACAGCCGGGUCAUGCGAGGCUUGAGCCCAGAGAAAUAUGGAAGGAACGUGGGACGAAGUAGUCCAGAGCAGCACCCCAAGCACUACAGUUCUGACCUUCUUUUAGGCCAGAGGCAGCACUACCUAGGCCAUGGUGGCAGCGGCGACCUCUAUCAGAGGCAACACAGGAGCAGUAUUAGCAGUACUGGUUGUGAGAGCCCUGAGCCUCGUCAUUCACAUUUAGGGACAGGCGAGCACAUUGAAAAAAGUUGUGUAGUCCAAGGGGGCAGUCCUGAGACUCAUAGGCACCAAUACAGUCUGAGUCCUGACCAUGGGAAGUUUGGCAGCCCAAUUAGAGAUGCGCAAAGGAGGUCAGCUGGAGACGAGUUGUCACCACAUCAUCGGAGCAUCUACAAUGGGAUGAAUGCUUUGAUAUCAGCCGGCUGCUGCACCAACAACUGCAGAAAUGUCAAGCUAUGGGACAGCUUUGAUGCCUCAUCUUGACCCUGCUGCCUCAGCUUGGCUCCUUGGAGAAUGGGAAUCACAGCGGUAGAGCCUUUUUACGUCCAUGGUCUUGAUAGCUACCAACAUUCUGUGGCACCGUGGUCCAAGUCAC